AACCGAUCGUUGUCAGUAUACUAGAAUGGCUCAGAGACUUACCUACCGUCGUCGUUGUUCUUACAACACCCGUUCCAACCGUGUCAGAGCCGUAAAGACUCCUGGUGGAAAGCUCGUCUACCAAUACGAGAAGAAGCCUGUCAAGGCUCCUCGUUGUGGUGAUUGUGGUGAGGCUCUCGCUGGUAUCAAGGCUCUCCGUCCUCGUGAGUUCGCUACUGUCUCCAAGACUAACAAGCACGUCUCUCGUGCCUAUGGUGGUUCUCGUUGUGCCCACUGUGUCAGAAACCGUAUCGUCCGUGCUUUCUUGAUUGAGGAACAAAAGAUCGUCAAGAAGGUCCUCAAGGCCCAAAAAUAAAUCUAAUAUCUCUGUUAGUUUAUCUUUUUAUUAAAAAUAUUUUUUAAAUAUUGAGGAAAAAAAAAAACAAAA